UUACAAGUGUCUUAUGAUGAAUAUAUUUGCUGUACUAAUUGCUCUAAGAUUGAUUGUGAGUCCAGCCUCAGGAAGUUCUGAGAGGGAUGUCUUAGAGCACCUUCUCAGUAAUUAUGGAACUCACAGUAAAGCGGUCAGACCUGUCCGCAACGCUUCGGACACCAUACGUGUGGAACUACGUAUUCUUAUAGCGCAAAUCAUCGAUAUUGACGAGCCUAAACAGCAGUUGAUUGUCAACACGUGGCAAAAAAUGUCGUGGAAAGACGAGUACAUGGUCUGGAAUCCUGACGACUACGGUGGACUAGACGUGAUACACGCCCUUCCAUCCCAAAUAUGGAAACCAAACAUCGUAUUGGUUGAGAAUGUUGAUUUCUUCUUUUCGAACUAUAACAAAGAUGUGGUACUGAUCAUUGCCGCAGACGGUAGUGUGAUUUGGUACACGCUAACCAUGUUGCGAGUCUCGUGCAAAAUACACACCCGACUUUUCCCGUUCGACGUCCAACAGUGCACGCUGACCUUUAUGUCUUGGGCAUACGACAUGCCAUCCCUGGAUCUCACCUUCGUCGAUGACGAUGAUGCCAACCAGAGAAUAUUCAAUGAAAAUGGUGUCUGGCGAUUUGUCGAUCUGGACUUUAAGCGUGUGGAAAAGAAGUAUAUCUGUUGCAAACACCCCUAUACUCAAGUCAUCUAUACUCUAACAUUGAAGAGACAGUCUGAGUUCUACAUCUAUAGCAUGCUAAUACCGUCUGUACUGCUGACUGUUAUCACAUUGAUGGUCCUCGCCAUUCCCCCCGAGUCGGGUGAGAAAGUUGCUCUCGGCAUCACCAAUCUGUUGGCGUUUAUACUCUUCCAGCAGCUCAUUUCUGACAACAUGCCACCACAGGGUGACGAAAUACCCGUAAUUACCACAUAUCUCUUCAGUAUGGUGAUACUGGGCGUUGCAUCCAUCAUAGAAACCGUGUUUGUGCUCAGGUUGUUCCAUAAACCUGAAGACGAACCCAUACCAAAAGCAGUCGUUCGGUUCUCUUCAUUUAUAAGGCUUCGGAAGACCACCAUGACGUGGAAGUUGGUCGCCAAGGCAGUCGACAAAUUCAUGUUUAUUGUGUUUUUAAUGACAGCUAGUGUGAUGGUGUUGAUUUCUUAUCUUCUUCUUUUAACUGGCCAUGUCGAGGGACAAGAACAUAUUCACUAAAAUAUUUUGUUGUAUAAACGAUAAUUUUGGCUAUCGCCUACUUUUUGUAAAAAACUGUGUGGUUUGCUCUGUACAUAUUGUGGUAAAAAUCAUGUCCUUAUAUACAGUAACAUUUGUCAAGCAAGGUUGUAAUGACCCUGCCAGAUGGUGGACAGUUCGUAUUACGUUUCUUUCAUUGAAGCGGCUCGUAACGCGUCUACGACUCCCAUCACAAGACUGCUGGCUCCUAUAGUUGCAACAGCAACAAAAGUGCAGGUGGGUUUAGGGCGUGCUAGUCUUUACUGUAUCACUGUGACAAACAUUUAACGACUUGUCCACCAGGCUGAAAUUCAUAGCUUGUAUUAUUCAUAAAGUGAUGCUAUUGAAUCGCUUUGAUACUUUUUGUUAUGAUUUUGCUCAAUGGUAUUGUCCCAUAGGCACAUGUCAUUGGGGUCGCAUUGAAUUUACCUCGUUUACUAUUCACCUUUACUCUUGCCAUUUUGCGUCUUUGUGGCAAAAGUUGGCAAUGACAAUGACAUUGAUGACUCAUUUUAUCCAAGACAAUGACGACAAUAGUGAACAGUAUCUAUCAAACACUGAGAAUUGGGGUUAACAACUUUGCAACAAGUAUAUAUAGCGCAUCUCUACAUUAUAAGAUAAAAUUGUAUUUACUUAUAGGCUAUCUUUAAACAAAAAGGUUUCAAGAUUUUAUUUGUUAUAUACGUGCUUUUUACUUCUUUUUUAUGUUACUCUGGAAUGUGACCUAUACACCUGGUUGAAUGAGUUUAAACCCUUUUUUUUAUUUAUAUAUAUUUACAAGAAAAGUAAAAAACAUUGAAGCUGGAACUACUUCAGCAGUGACUUUCCCACAGCGUUAUAUUUAGUGUUGUAAAUAUUAACUUCACCUAACUUUUAACUAACCUAUAUAUAUUUUCAUUGAACCAAACCACGCUGGUUGGCUAGACGGCCGGUUGUAAAAACGCUAACUCGUGUUUACAGAUGUUGUUUUAUCAAAUUCAAUAGUUUCUGCAAACUUUCAAUUUAAGAAAAUACCUCCUAUGAUUGGUUCUACAACACUGUUUGAGUAUUGUUCGUGUGUAACAUUGUUAUAAGAACAGCUAUCUGUUUUUGUUUUGCAUUUAUGGCUUUCCAUAUUUUUGCAACCUCGGUUGGCUAACACUUGAGCAGUGACGUUGCAUUAGAAAGGUCUAUACGCAGUCUAAGGCCGUAUCCGAAUCGGCGGCUACGGCUACGGCUGUUGCUAAGGGUGUUGCUAAGGACGUCCUAUACCUCAACGCAUGAUGACGUGGAACUCUAGCGAUAGCCAUGGCUGUAGCCGCUAAUUCGGACAAGCCCUUCCAGUGUCAUCAAAUCGUAUAAACAAAAUGUCUUCACACUGUCAUCUUCAAUGUAAGAAUUUGAAACGCUAAGGGGGGGGGGGCAACAGACUUACCAGGGCCCAAUUUCAUGGCUCUGCUUACCGCCGAAUUCUGC